ACUUAAGAGCCUAGGGCAUGGAGUGUAACAUGCAGUGCCAGCAGACCGAGCCACUAACCUCAAAAUAUGAUUGCUGUAUGAGCAAAACAUUUAUUUUGCAAUCUUUAAAAAAUGGGUAAAAAAAGCGAAAAGAAAAAAAAACUUCAGGAUCUCCAUGGCCAAAAAACCCCCAAACCAAAAGCCCACUCUUCCUAGAAAAAAAGGAACAUGAAGUUAUACAUGUGAAAACAAAAAAUAGGAAAAACAUUGGAAAAGAACACAUCAGAAACUCAUGUGAAUCUCUUCAUGAAGAGGCCAAAAAGUCAGUAGACCCAACGCUGCCAGACUGAUAACUUUCUGUGUAAAGUUCAAUACAAUCUAUAUUCCAUGAAAUUGAAUUUUAAACCUCAUAAAUAAUCCUUAAUUUUGUAAAAACUGAGGGAAUCUGUGGGGAAAAUGUGAGGAAAACUACCUAUCAUCUUCUUUGAACAUCACCUCUCAUGUUUCAUGAAUUGGAUACAACAAUUAUUUAUUCACAAGAUGGACUCAGGUGACAGACUGCUGAACUUAAAAGUACGAAAGUACAAGAGCAGGACUGAGAUAGCUUUUCAACACAAGAGCCACAUAGAUCCUGGUUAAACAAAAAUGGUUCAUGUUACAUCUUAGCAACCUAAAGGUGACUUACAGGGCAAGCGUGCCUCACUAUUGUCGAGAAAGCAACCGGUGUUAAGGGAAAAAGACCGCACCCACAGAGAGAACAGACACGUAAACAAGUGCAGUACUGUUCUAGCUUGCUCGACCAGAGACAACCAAUGAUUUCUACAACAUCCAGCACAGCAGAGAUGGUUACACAGGAUAAACUGCAGAAAAAUGAUGGCAUUAUUGAAGAUAAAAACUCAGGGAAACUGGGAUGCUGUGGUUGGCUGUUGGUUUUCAUAUCCAUCAUCUUUGUAAUAGUAACCUUUCCACUCACAAUAUUUAUGUGUGUCAAGAUAGUGAAGGAGUAUGAGCGAGCUGUCAUUUUUAGACUCGGCCGGAUCACAGACAGAAAAGCUAAAGGGCCAGGACUUUUCCUAAUAUUACCCUGCACCGAUAACUUUGUGAAAGUAGAUCUGAGAACUGUGUCCUUUGAUAUCCCUCCUCAAGAGAUCCUAACCAAAGACUCUGUGACAGUGUCUGUGGAUGGUGUGGUGUACUUCCGUGUAUACUGCCCCAUUUCAGCAGUGGCCAAUGUGACCAAUGCGCACUCAUCUACUCGACUGCUUGCUCAAACCACUCUGAGGAAUGUCCUUGGUACCAAAAACCUUGCAGAACUUCUAUCUGACAGAGAGGGCAUUUCACUCAGCAUGCAAGAAGCCCUGGAUGAAGCCACUCAUCCAUGGGGUAUCAAAGUGGAGCGUGUAGAGAUCAAGGAUGUGAAGUUGCCUCAGCAGCUGCAGCGAGCCAUGGCAGCAGAGGCUGAAGCCAGCCGGGAGGCCAGGGCCAAGAUCAUUGCUGCAGAGGGGGAGAUGAAGGCUUCCAGGGCUCUGAAAGAAGCCUCUCUGGUAAUGGCUGACUCACCCUCAGCUCUCCAGCUAAGAUACCUUCAGACUCUCAACACCAUCGCAGCAGAGAAGAACUCCACCAUCGUCUUCCCUCUGCCAAUAGAUAUAAUACAACAUUUCAUGCAUUGGAAGGCAUGAAGCUCAUGUCAACCAAAUUCCAUAUAAUUCAAAUCAAGUCAGAUUGCUGCUGAUUUUUUUUUUUGUUUUGUUGUUUUUGCAAUAUUAUCGUGUUUAUAUAUAGAAAGCUCCAGUGAAAGCUUUUUUUAAAUGUAGUCCAACAAUUCCUGCAGUCUGCUCUGCAUUAUUACUUCGUACACUUAAAAAAGAGCUCUCCCUUCUUGUGUAUACUUGCUGUGAUUUAAUACUUAAAUACAAAGUGCAACAUAUACAGUAUA